UUGGAUGUUUUUCAGUUGCAUUUAGCUUUGACGAACAAGUCGCACGACUGUUUUGCGUUUGCUCCAAGGCCGGAGUGGUAGUGUGAAGCAAUUAUUGAAUUCAGUAAAAGUGCUUUUAGUAAAAUACGUGCAUCCACCGUAUGCAUCGACCGUGUUCGCGAGUGUAGCCUGGGUCGUACAAAACUAUGAAUAGACGGAGUUGCGGAAAACGCAACACACGACGACGAAUGGUCCAAUUGUACCAGUAGGCGCAUACCAUCAUGCCUACGUGCUCUGUUUUGAUUCGCUGUGCGCUCUGCGUCGGAACGGUGCUGCUGGCCACGGUCGUGACGGUAGCGCUGGGCAGCAAGGGACAACCCACAGCCAAAGCUACCGGAAGAUGGGGCGGCCACCGUCGAGCAGCUACCGUUCUGUGGUGAAGAUGUGACCCACCAGCGUGACCUUAACGAUGGAUUGGUUUUCGUCACCACGUUGGAUGGCAAGCUGUCGGCCCUGGACAUGCUGAACGGCGGCAAAGAACGUUGGAGCAUCCAAACCGGCCCGGGACCGCUGCUUUCCUCGAGCAUUCACCGGCUAGAGCUGACAAACAACGGCAAAUGGGUCCGCAUGAUACCUUCGCUCGGCGGAAGUUUGUACAAGUUUGAUGGCGAUUCGAUCGAACCGAUUCCUUUCAGUGCGGAAGAUUUGCUUAAAUCAUCGUUCAAAUUUUCCGACGACCUCGUCAUCUCCGGUGGCAAGGAAACCCGCUCGUACGGUGUAUCGAUGCAGAGCGGCCAGCUAAUUUACGUCUGCACGAUGCAGGGCUGCAAGAAUGCGACGGAACUAGCGAUGGAAGUGGCAGGCGAUGGCGGCAAGUACGGACCACCCGAAGACGCCGGCGUCGGUACGCUUGAUCCCAUGCAGGAAGACUUGCUGGUCAUUCGGCGCCAAACGCAAACGGUUCGUGCCGUCGAAUCGCGCACCGGUAGCGAACGUUGGAACUUUAGCAUCGGUCACCAUGAGGUGGAAAAGAUGAGCAACGAGGACUGCCGUGGAGGAAAGGAACGGCGAGAGGUGAAUCCGGUAAUACUCGAUCUCGAUCUUCGCGUGAUCAUACCGGAGGGUGUGAUCUGCGCGGUGCGGAAAAGUGCGCCGGGAGAGAUUGUUUGGCGCCACAAGUUUGAUGUGCCGAUUGUGAGUGCCUGGCGAACGUCGGGCACAAACGAUGAUAAGUUAGUCGGUGUGGAUCUGUUCGAUCGUACGGAUUGGCUGUGGAAUGGUAACGUGGGCGAGGGGGAGAACGAUCAGCCACCGCUGAUUAAUCCAUCGCUGUACAUCGGUAUGCAUGAGAAGCAGCUGUACAUACAGGAAUCGCAAGCGAUGCUGGACGAGCGGGAAGAGAAAUUGAGCGAAAUUGCACUGCUCACUGACGAAAGCAAACUUCCGGCCAUACCGUGGAAGCCGUUGCCCGCUAGUCAUGCAGUUGCCGGUCUGCUUACGGAUGGGGGCAGCUCAUUGCCGGGUGUGAAGGAUGACGACGACACAGGCGAAUCAACUGCCAUCGCUCGAUCGGUGCUGUACGCAUCGAACUACAUCAAUGGGAAUGGAUUCUUUCUAGUGUACGAUACCGACCGUGGCGAACAGUGCGAUCAGGGAGAGGAAGAAUCAAGCAAUACCAACCGUACCGAGUCGUAUGAUCAUGCAGGAUUGCCCGAUGAUGGGGCCGAGGAUAUGGAUACAAUGUUCGACGUACCGGUCAAGAUAAUCAUCGUGUCGAUGUGGUUCUGGUGGAAGGAAAUUCUUAUCAUCUCAAUCACGACCGCACUCAUACUGAACAUGAUGCUGAAGCUGCGUGUCGAAAAGCCGCCGGUAAUGGUAGUGGUCGAACGUAAGAUCACCGUCCCGAUCCCGACCGCAGUGGAAGCGGUCGAAGAAUUCCCUCCGGCAAUACGGAUGGGUGCGGUGCGCAGCUACUCGGAGUCGAGCUCCUCGAACGGUCCACCAGCAGCGGUGGAAAACUACACCUCUCACUUUCGGGAUGAUUUCGAUCUGGUGCAGUGCCUGGGAAAGGGUGGUUUUGGGGUCGUGUUCGAGGUACGCAACAAAUUGGACGGCUGUCGGUACGCCGUCAAGCGAGUCGUCCUGCCGAACAAGCAGGAAUCGAAGGAUCGCGUUAUGCGUGAGGUGAAAACCUUGGCCCAUUGUGAGCAUCAGAACAUUGUCCGGUAUUUUCACGCCUGGGUUGAAACACCUCCGCCGGGGUGGCAGGAACGGCACGAUCGUGAGUGGAUCGAACGAAAUUGCCUAUCGACAUCGAUCGAUAUUGAAACACCGACGGACACGUAUCCACCACUGCCAGGAAUGUCCGCGGCGGCUUCAUCGUUCGAGGUUGGCAUGAAAAACCCACAGUUACAAACAUCAUCCGUACAAUCGAAGCUGUGGAUGCCACAGUUCCCGCAGGCAAACUUUUCCCUCUCGAAAGGCAUCGGUGAUGGACCGUCAGCGAUGCGCCGGCUUGACCAGAGCGACAGCUGUUCUUUCAUCGAGUUUCGAGCCGAGGGUGAUCAGGAUGGAUCGCUACAACGGACACGUGGCGAUGAGGAUGAGGAGGACGAUACAUCCAGCUCGGAGUCCGGUGUGCAGGGCAACGGAAAGCACCGGUGGAACACGACGACGGCAGAUGAGGAUGAUUCGUUGGACAUUGUUUUCAAAGAACCGUCACGCAGCGAAGGCAUUACCUCGGAUGGGGUAAGCGAUCGGCACGCUGUAUCGAUCGACGUGUCGUUUUCGCCGGAAGCUCCCUCGCGUCCAGCGGUACUGCAUAACGGCGUGAAUGGCCAAACUGAAAAGCAGAAGCAAAAUCCAUUCCGUAAAACACAUCGCCGACCACUGUCCCUUGAUCUCACCAGCACGGGCAAUGUGCGCCGCCUUCCCGGUGCCUCCCAUGUGGGAAGUACAGCGGACCUGAGCACACGUCCGUCGGCUACCGAACAAUCGAAGGCCAGUGCUGGCCAGAGCAAUAAAAUUUACCUCUACAUACAGAUGCAGCUGUGCCACAAGCAAUCGCUCAAGGAGUGGCUCUGCAUGAACGGGUUCCCUGCGCGCCGUGAUAAGAUUGUGCCAAUUUUUGAGCAGAUCGUGGCCGGCGUAGAGUACGUCCAUCUGAAGGGAUUGAUCCACCGGGAUCUUAAACCGAGCAACAUCUUCUUCUCGCUGGAUGGAAGGAUUAGGAUAGGCGAUUUUGGGCUCGUGACAGAUUCGAGCGAUCUGCAGUACGAUAGCGAGAACAAUAUGCCGACGAUGGUGCCCGACCGGCACACGCGCCAGGUGGGCACACAGCUGUACAUGUCGCCGGAACAGCUGAAGGGUUUGCCGUACGAUUACAAGGUCGACAUCUAUUCGCUCGGGUUGAUCCUGUUCGAAUUGCUCGUAAGCUUCGGCACGGAGAUGGAGCGUAUCUGUACGCUGAAGAAUGUACGCAAGAGCAAAUUUCCGGACCAGUUCGAAGAGCAGUACCAGUGUGAGUUCAAACUGUUAAAGUUGAUGCUGUCCGAAUCACCGAACCAACGACCGACGACGUUUGGCAUCAAGGCUCACCCACCGUUCAAGCGAAUUCCGUCAAACAAAUCAACCAGCUCGCUGGGUGCCGUCGUGGAUGAGACGUUGGUCGUUAACGGCAAUCCCGGCUCGACGAACGGUUCCUUCGAAUCGGACGAUGGAGAUGAGUGGCACUUUGAGCUGCCACCGCGCAGAAAAGACAGCCGCACUUACAGUACUUCCGGUUCCGGAUCGGGCAACGGUACUGCGGUUGUGCCGUGUCCCAGUCAGCUGUGCUUUUAAGGCACCAUGUAUUACCUGGCAUCGUGAUGGGAAGCGGGUGUGCGGCUUCACUAUUGCGAUUAGCCUGAGACAGUGCGAUUAACUGAGUUGCCAAGUGAGAAUGUAUAAUUGUAAGUUAUUUAUAUGCUGUCUUACGGUUGUAACAGUCCUACCUGCUAACGCAUCCCCUGUGAGGUAUCAUUACGUUUUUAGGCGAAACGUAAAAGUUGUUUUAAAAAAAGGUGCGAAAUCUUCGUGGAAGACGGGUUGUGUGUAUUGAAUGAGAAUUAUGAAACAUAUUGAAUAAAGUGAUGAACACAGUA